CGGGCCAUGAAGCCUGGACUUCCGGCGGGGGAAACCUCAUGAUCUCCAGCUGUAUCGAGUACGGUUGAAAAUGGACGUAAAGGGAAAAUGACAGUACCGAAAAGUAAAUGGUGAAAGUGUAAUGCAGAAACACAAACAGUAGUACGAGGACAGUGGAAAUGGAGGAAAAGAGAGUCAGCUCAGGAACAUGGCGACAACCUGCCUUUUGCCGUUCCUCCUCAUCCGAUGCCUGGAGCCGGAACGGCGCGACGUUGACAGCAGACAGCCAUUGGCGAUUUACCCAAAAAAGUCGAUCUUCCAGUGGGAACGGAGAAGGAGGUCCAGCCAUCAGGGUCGUCAGGGUCGUCAGGGUCGUCAGGGUCAAGCAGAACAUGGAACCUAUUCCACAAGGCUCCCAUCAUACGCGGAUGUCAGCGCAACGAAUGGGUUGUCGAAGUUGACAUCUCGACCCACGUCUCCACAGUCUAGAUCCGCAAAGCAGAGAUCUUUCAAGGACUCAACCAUUCACGCAUCGGAGGUAUUUCUAGAUGGAGGGCUUGACCGAGGCUUCUGUGUAAUACGUUGCAUUGGCCAGGAUGUCCACGUUUUUGACAGGUCGGGCAAACCGCGAUUCGGGAUGUCCUCCAUAAACCUCACGCGUUGCGUCAACCGAAUGGCGAGAGCAUCAGGAAUUGCGCGACCUAAAACUCUUUCUCUCGUGGUGUGUGGUUUUCAACUUAACCUGAGUUACGAGUUUGACAUUUGAGGGGCGGAUAUUUGUGGAGCGCAACCACGGCACUCCACCUGCGGAGUCC